AAUUUUCAAUUCUUGAAAUUCUAUAACGCCUGCAAGUGCCUGUAACAUAUAUAUCACUUUAUCACUUUACCUUUGUUAUGAAUAAUAUAAAUUGUUUUAUUAAAUUAUAUAAAUAAGCUGUUCUGUGUUCUGUUGUGUUAUUAAAAUUAAAUGAAUAUUUAUAUUUAAAAUAAAAUAAAGUUAUUAAUAUGCAGAAGACACCGGUAUCUAUUUUACAAGAAAUGAUGGUUAAAAAAGGAACAGUGCCUCACUAUGAACUGAUACAUGACGGAGGUGGUACACAUGAAAAUACAUUUACUUAUCAAGUUUCCUGUCAAGGUUUAUAUGCAAAUGGUACUGGCCGAUGUAAAAAAGAUGCUAAACAUUUAGCGGCUAUGAAUAUGUUGGAAACAAUCGCCGCGGAAAAUAAUUAUUUGGCUUUGCCGCCGAUUCCUGGCGAGUCACCGGUCAGAACGAUGCCUACUCCUCAUAUUUUGUCUGCUGAUGAACCAUUUGUCAAUGCCAUCGGUGAAUUACAGGAUUUGUGUGCUGAAGCGGGACUUCCAGAUCCAAUAUAUGAAACAGUAGGCGACGAAGGUCCAGCUCACGCUAAAAUAUUUACGAUUCACUGUAAAAUAUAUACAAUUACUGAGGAAGGGAGAUCAACGACUAAAAAACAUGCAAAACAUUUGGCAGCCAGAAAAAUGGGCGAUCGUAUCAAAAACUUGAUCGACAAUGCGGUAAGCACACACGAUCUGGUUAAAAAUGAGCUUGAAGAAAAUAAUUCCUCUUCUGAUAAUAAUUUCCCUGAUACUGUUGACGUAAUUGACACCAUUAAUGCUAUUGAUGCUAUUGAUGUUAUUGAUUUUUCAAAGCUGUCUCUACAUUAUAAAACUAGUCUCGGGGUUAAACUUUCCGAGUUUCAUACAAAGUUAAAAACUACUUUCGACGAUGAUGAGUUACGGGAGUCUGUUAUCAAAAAGUUAAAUCAAUUUGCUGAAGAAUAUUUGGGUACUGAUGAUCAUAAUGAUUUAGAAUACGAUUCAUACCUCAAUCAAUUGAAAAUUAAUUUCAAUAAUAUUAUUUCAACGUUAAAUAUCAGUGCUGUAAUUUAUUCGAUUCGAACGAUUGAACCAAGUACAGAGUGUAUAUCAAUUAUUUUGGAUUCUGUUCCCGAGAUUGUUGAGUGUGCUAUAGGAAAAUCUAGAGACAAAAAUCUGUUAAGAAGUUUGUUUACUCGUAUUAUAAAAACCCUAAGUCUACUUUUGACGUAGCAUCAUUUAUUAUUAUUUUUUU